AUGAUGCAACCGCAGAUCAUCCUCCUUAAAGACGGAACCGAUACUUCGCAAGGCAAGCCGCAGCUGAUCAGCAACAUCAACGCGUGCCUAGCUGUCGUGGACACGAUCCGCACGACGCUGGGUCCACGUGGCAUGGAUAAGCUGAUCCACGACGAGCGCGGCAACACCACCAUCUCCAACGACGGAGCAACCAUCCUGAAGUUGCUCGAGAUCGUGCAUCCCGCCGCGAAAACCCUCGUGGACAUCGCCAGAUCGCAAGACGACGAGGUGGGCGAUGGCACGACGACGGUCACAUUGCUGGCAGGCGAGUUCCUGCGGCAGGCCAAGCCGUUCGUGGAGGAUGGGGUGCAUCCGCAGCUCAUCUGUCGCGCCUUCCGCGCGGCUGCGCGCCUGGCGGUUGAGAAGGUCAGAGAAGUGGCGAUUUCGAUCGAGGGCAAGGGCGACGAGGAGAAGCGAGAGCUGCUGCACAAGUGUGCGGCGACCACGCUGAGCUCGAAGCUGGUGGGCGGCGAGAAGGACUUCUUCGCGCGCAUGGUGGUGGACGCCGUGUGCAGCCUUGAUGAGGACGUACCCCUGCACAUGAUCGGCAUCAAGAAGGUCCCAGGUGGGACAAUGCGGGACUCCUUCCUGGUAGAGGGAGUGGCCUUCAAGAAGACCUUCUCUUACGCGGGCUUCGAGCAGCAGCCCAAGCGAUUCGAGUCCCCCAAGAUUCUCCUCCUGAACAUCGAGCUGGAGCUGAAGAGUGAGAAGGAGAACGCGGAGGUGCGGCUGUCGGACCCAUCGCAGUACCAGUCGAUUGUGGACGCGGAGUGGAAUAUCAUCUACUCCAAGCUGGACAAGUGUGUGCAGAGCGGGGCAAAGAUUGUCCUGUCUCGUCUCGCCAUCGGCGACCUGGCAACCCAGUACUUUGCGGAUCGGGACAUCUUCUGUGCGGGGCGCGUGGCAGAGGACGACAUGCAGCGCGUGGCCAAGGCUACAGGGGGAGCCGUGCAGACCACUGUGAACGACCUCAUCCCUGAUGUUCUCGGAAGCUGCGCGCUGUUUGAGGAGAGGCAGGUGGGCAACGAGCGGUACAACCUCUUCACUGGCUGCUCCAACGCCAAGACUGCCACCAUCGUGCUGCGAGGAGGGGCGGACCAGUUUAUCGAGGAAGCAGAGCGCAGCCUACACGAUGCCAUCAUGAUUGUGAGGCGCGCGAUCAAGAACGCUGCAGUGGUGCCAGGGGGAGGUGCCAUUGAUAUGGAGAUCAGCCGUCACCUGCGUCUGCAUGCGCGCACCAUAGCGGGCAAGCAGCAACUUUUCAUCAAUGCAUAUGCGCGCGCGCUGGAGGUGAUUCCACGCCAGUUGUGUGACAAUGCUGGGUUUGACUCCAUUGAUGUGCUAAACAAGCUCAGGCAGAAACACGCCCUGCCUUCUGGCGAGGGGCAGCGUUUUGGAGUGGAUGUGAAUUCAGGUGGCAUUGUCGACACGUAUGCAUCGUUCGUCUGGGAGCCAAUUGUGGUCAAGGUGAAUGCCAUCACAGCAGCAACCGAGGCAUCCUGUCUUGUGCUCAGUGUUGACGAGACAGUUCGCAACCCACGAUCCGUGCCUGCGGGGAGCCUGAGAGCGGCGCAUCUCGAGCCGCGGCUGGCCGUGCAUCACGGCGUGCCUGGCGCUGCUUCCGUGCUCGCCUACGAUCCCGUGCAGCGGCUGCUCGCAGUGGGAACGCGGGAUGGGCGCAUCAAGGUGUUCGGGAACGAUGGCAUCGAGGCGCUGCUCUGCUCGCCUGCCCAUGUGACAUCCAACCAUCUCUUCCCUUCCCUCUUUCCUCCCAAUGGACUCUCCUCUCCCCCAUCCCCUCAAAAUCCCUCCCCCACUCCCCACUGGGGAUGGGUGCAUCAAGGGAUGGGCGCAUCAAGGGAUGGGCGCAUCAAGGUGUUUGGGCAUGAUGGCAUCGAGGCGCUGCUCUGCUCGCCUGCCAAGGCCGCCUGCAAGUUCCUCGAGUCAUCAUGCUUGUUCUCCUCACUUCACCGCCUUCGCCUUCCCUCUCUUUACUGCCUGCUCCAUCUUCUCCUCCUCCAGAGCCCGUCUUCUCCACCUCUCCUCCGCCCCACCCUCAGAGAAGUCAUCAUGCCUAUUCUCCUCACCUCACCACCUUCGCGUCCCCUUGUUGUAUCUUCUCCUCCCCUUCCUCCCCCUCACAGUUCGUCUGUAACUCCGAAUGACAGACUCGCUGCAGUGGGACGUCGUCAUCACCUCAUUCCCCCUUCCUCCCUGCUCCUUCCCUUCCCUCCCUCCUUCCCUCCUUCCCUCCUUCCCUCCUUCCCUCCUCCUUCCCCUCUUCCCUUCUUCCCUUCCCCAACCCCAUGCGUGCAGAUCUGGAGUCUGGCGGAGCGACAGAUGACAGACUCGCUGCAGUGGGAUGUGGUCAUCACUGCCUUCUCCACCGUCCCCGACACACGCUUCCUCUAUGUGGGCGACGAGAACGGCGUCUUCCACGUGUUGGAGCUGGAUGGGGGGCGGCUCAACAAGCGCCCCUACUCCGUGCCUCCCUAUGUCACCAUGGCGGGUCUUGUGAAGCAGGAGUCAACACACGUGCCAGCGCUGAUAGCCAUUCUCCCCCAGCCCGAAGCCCUCCACACGCGAGUCCUCCUCGCCUACUCCAACUCCCUCGCGCUCCUCUGGGACCUCCACGCCCUGCGCGUGCUCGCCACGCGCGGCGGCUCCGAGACACAGUGCACGCGCCUCUCCGAAGCGGGCGACCGCCUCGCAGACCUCCAAACAGGCAGGCGAAACGUCCCGAAGCCCACGGAUGAGGAUGAGGAGGAUGACGAGGAGUGUGAUGGGCCUGAGCUCUCGUGCUUGUGCUGGGCGUGCCCGGCCGGAUCGGUGUUUGCUGCUGGGUAUAGCAACGGAGAGAUUGCGCUCUGGGGAUUGCCGCACCCGUCAUUACCCGUAGGGGGGGGGAUGGCAGCAGCGGGAGCAGCGGGCUCAGGGGGAGCAAUGGGAUCCAUGGGAUCAUUGCCACUGUCCGGGUCUCUUUCCUCGUCUGCUCCGCUGAUCUCGCUGUCGUCGCCGUCUGGCGGGUGGUUGGUUGCGCCGAUCUCGCCGUGCACUGUGAAGGCGCUUGCGGAGGAGAUUACAUCGCAGCCGUUGGUUCGGCUGCAGGUGCAGGGCGGGAAGGGCGAGCGGUCGGCGAUCACGGCACUGCGAUGGUGUGCCGAUGCGCGGCGCGCAGGGGAUAGAGGCGGAGACAGAGGAGAGAGAGGAGACAGAGGAGAGAGAGGAGACAGAGGAGAGAGAGGAGAUAACAGAGAAAGAGGAGGGGAGAGAUUCACAGAGAGGGGAGGAGGGAGGCUGUAUGUGUGUGGGGGAGAGAUGCCGGGGCUACCGGGAUCAGUGAGUGUGGUGCAGCUGGGGGGGUUAGAGGAGGGCAUGAAGGAGAAGGGCAUGGUGAAGCUGCCGUGGUUUGGGCCCGUGGCCGAUGUCGUGGUGGCACCUAGUGCGCUCGGCAGCACGGUUGCCUCUGCUAUUCUCGUCCUCACCUUCCCCGGACAGGUCCAUUUAUACGACGAGCCGGGCAUGGAGUGGCACCUGUCAGCACGCCUGCUCUCCCCUUCGCCCUCCUCCCACACGCCCACUCCGCCCGACCCCGUGGCGUUUGAGAACCCGGGCUCGGCGGUCACCACGGGCAGACUCAUGCUCGCGCCCUGGGGCACGCACGCCUCUCACGUGCUCUCCCAGGUCGGCUCAUGCUCGCCCCCUGGGGCACGCACGCCUCUCACGUCCUCUCCCAGGUACGCUCAACCUCCUGCCUUAUUCAUCAUGAAUCAAUCUCACCCUGCAUUCUCCUCCUCCCCUCCUUCCCACGUCCCCUCCCUCCUCCCCACGUCCCCUCCUUCCCUCUCCCCAUUCCCAGCCGCCCCGUAUGUCGCAGACUUGAUGCCCCUCAGCUCUCUCCCACGACACCAACUGCCCCGUGUGUCGCAGACCCGCUGUCCCUCGGCUCUUUCCCACGGCACCAAGUGGCCUGUGGCGGGGGGUUCUUUCGGCCAGCAACUGGAGAUUUCUCCCGAGGAUGGGCUGUGCCUCUACAUCUCAGGCCAUCACCGCAACCAAUGUGCCUCCCUCCUCUCCCUCUCCUCCCUUCUCUCAGCUGCCCCGGACGGCGGCAGUGACGUGAUGGCUGCGGACUUUUGUGUGGUAUCAGUGCUGCUGCUGAUGGGGCAUGAGGACGGGCUGGCGGAUGACCAGCCGAGCUACACGGCAGUGACAGCCGUAGACUUCUGCGCGGUAUCAGCGCUGCUGCUGGUGGGGCACGAGGACGGGCUGGUGGAGCUGUUCGAGCUGAGCAUGCGGAGGAGGACUCUGUGCUGCCAGAUCAUCACUGAGAGAGGCGGCUAUGAGCAAGCCACACCCAGUGAGUGCGAGGAGGGCUUUCAGAUGGUGGCUCAGUUCCACCAGCACCGCGCCAAGGUGCGCAGCGUGGCCCUGGCCACGGGCGUGGGACGCCUAGCAAUCGGGGACGACAACGGCAUGGUGUCCCUCAUCAACCUCGACACCUUCACCCUCAUCUGCUACCGCGAACUCCAUCCCGGCUCCUCCUCCUCUCCCAUCUCCGCGACACAAAGCAACUGGUGGGCGGCGUAUGAGACGGUGGUGUAUGUGGCGGCGGCCAACACGACGAUGACCAUUCCUGGGGAUGGCACUACUGGGGAUGUCGUGGGUGUGGGCCCCAUGCAGCCCAAACACGCGUCCGGUGCUGUCGGCCUGUUCCUCCUGGGUAGUUCCCUCUUGACUCCUUUCCACCACCCGCCACCGCUCACAACCGCCCCGCAUCGCCCGUUCUCCCUUACAGACCUGAUGGGAUCCGCGAUUCCAUCGUUUGGAGGCAAGCUGCCACUCCUCUGGGCCAUGCAACAGCCGUCCAUGGCCCGUGGUCUCAACCCCCGAGCCUCUGCUGCAGGCUCGGUAGGCUCCCGAACCUCCGAUGCUGCCGAACCUGGGGACCCGAGCCUGCGGUCUCCGCACGGGCGAGAGAGGCGCGGGAGUGAUGGCGUGGGGCUGAGGGGGGGGGCAGGGGGAGGGGGGGAUGGGGAGGGGUAUAGGGACGGGCAUGGGGGGGCGAAUGAUGGUGUGGAUGGGGGGGAGGAGGGGGGGAGGAGAGGAGGGAAAGGAGGGAAGGAAGGGCGGGUGGGGAAACGGAGCGGUGGAAAGGGGCGGAAAUCGAAAACAGCAGCAGGAGAAGGGGUUCUAGAAGAUAAUGGCUCGCAAUCACAAGCCUCUGACCUGCACCCACGCUCCUCCUCCUCACAACAACACCCAGCUGACCCGUCUAAAGCCCCUCAUGUGAAGGACGAUACAGCAAAGCCUCCCUCCGGGCGGCGAAACCCUAAAAAGCCGCCGUCCGUCACUGUAGACACCACUUCCGCUACCACUGACCCGUCCGCCGCCCCUGCCGCCUCUCUUGGGCCCGAGAACAGUCCAAAUUCUGCCGCCCGUGCGGAUCCCAGCCCUAGAUCCCGGGGCGGCCCGAGAAUCAGUAUCCAACUAACUGCGGGCGGCAGUCUGAGCUUUAACAUUGUCUCUUCUGGGGAUGCAGAGGGUGAGGCCCUGCAAGGGGCCCGGGCGGAUCAGGAAGGGAAUGGGGCGGUGGGAGGAGGAGGAAGGGGGCAGAGAGGCGGAGGGGGAUCAGGAGGGAAUGAUGGUGAGGCGAUGUCUAUGUCCCUCUCUGCUAUCUCGCCCACCAAUGCUGGAGCAGUAGCAGCUGCAGGAGGCGCAGCAGGAGGAGGAGGAGGUGGAGGUGGAGGCAGAGAGAAAGGAGGAGAAAGAGGAGGGGGGAUGGUGGUAUCUCAUGGUCCAAGCAUGAGUAUGGGAUCUAUAGGCGGAGGGGGAAAAGGGGGAAGAGGAGGAAUGGGGUCGGAUCUAUCCUCCGGUGCUGGUUCAGGUGGCUACUCUGGCUUUGCUUCGGCUCACGACCGGACCUCUGCUAUGUUCAAGCGCUCCCUGACCUCUGUCGCAGGCUCGGGGAGUGCGGUUUGGCCCGAGCCUCACUUUGUGCUGCUGGUGUCUGAGGAUUGCCUGAGGCUCUAUUCCACCAUGGUUGUGCUUCAGGCAGAGCGAUCAGCGCUAAAGCGGGUGAAGAUCUUUGAGAACGACAAGUGUGUGUGGGCAGGCACGUUCGGAGCACACCCGCAGUUCCCCCCUGCCAUCAUGGUCAUCUCGUCCCAAGGGCUAGUUGAGAUCAGGUCCCUGCCUGAUCUGCUGCUGGUCACAUCCACAUCAGUAUCGGAGAUGCUCGGUUGGCAGUAUGACAGCAACCCUCAUGCUGCCUCUGACGGCCGCAUUGCCUUUCUGGAUGGAGAGACGGAGAUGGUGCGCUUUUCUCUCUGUGCACGCAGUGCCCCUUUCCCAAUCUGUUAUACUCUCCCCUGCCCUCUCUCCUCUUGCCCCUCCCACCAGCUGGAUGGAGAGAUGGAGAUGGUGCGCUUUUCUCUCUGUGCACGCAGUGCCCCUUUCCCAAUCUGUUAUACUCUCCCCUGCCCUCUCUCCUCUUGCCCCUCCCACCAGCUGGAUGGAGAGAUGGAGAUGGUGCGCUUUUCUCUCUGUGCACGCAGUGCCCCUUUCCCAAUCUGUUAUACUCUCCCCUGCCCUCUCUCCUCUUGCCCCUCCCACCAGCUGGAUGGAGAGAUGGAGAUGGUGCGCUUUUCUCUCUGUGCACGCAGUGCCCCUUUCCCAAUCUGUUAUACUCUCGCCUGCCCUCUCUCCUCUUGCCCCUCCCACCAGCUGGAUGGAGAGAUGGAGAUGGUGCGCUUUUCUCUCUGUGCACGCAGUGCCCCUUUCCCAAUCUGUUAUACUCUCCCCUGCCCUCUCUCCUCUUGCCCCUCCCACCAGCUGGAUGGAGAGACGGAGAUGGUCCGCCUCUCUCUCUUUGCGCGAGAAAACGCCAUCGGCCUGCCUCACUCGCUCUCGCGCCUCGUCGACCCAUCCAUCCGAGCCUCCAUCCCCCCUCCCCCACUCGCAACCUCCUUCAACACCACUACCACCACUACCACCACUACCACUUCUGCUGCUGCUGCUGCUGCUGCUGCCGCCGCCGUUGCUGCUUCUGGUGCUAUUACUGCGGUUUCAUCGGAUGGGGUGGGUGUGGAGGGGUCUCCAAGGCACGAGGAGUCACCCAGUCAAGGGGGAGGGGAUGCGCUGCGGGCUGUGAGGAGCGAGGGUUUCUUGCAACCAGGGGAAGGUGCCGCUGCGUCCGGCUCGCCCUCCUCCUUCCUCCGAGGCAGCAAGGUUCUCCGCAGCAGUGCCACCUUCAAGCUCCUUCAGAGCUCCCCCAAAGUGCAGCCCACCGCUCUGCACCCAGCUGCAGACCUCCUUCCGCUCUUUGCCUCUGCACCCUUUGCCCCCCCUGCCCCUGCGGCGGACGGGGAGGAGGGGGAGGGGGAGACGGAGGAGGAGAAGAAGCAAACAGGAAGCUUCUCGGAAAGAGAGAAACCAGACCUCAUGCUCGACACCUCUGUCGCCUGUGACAGCCCGACCACACCGGAUGGCACCGUCACCACGCCGCACCCUGCUGCUGCUGGCAAGAAGAGUCUCUUUGGCUUCCACCGCACCAACUCCAAAGGUCGCAGCAAGGAGAGUGAGGGCGCGUUCGGACCAGGGGCGGUGCAUGCAGCUACUCCUCGACCCAAGUCAACGGAGGAGAUUCGAGGGGGGUUUGGAACGCGCCGUCAGCAGCAGGUGAGAGACGGAUAG